AUGGGGUCAUCAAAGCAAAAUCCAGAGCAGACCGGGGAUACAGUACAGAUGGAGAUGCAGCCAACCGCGGACGUCGGGGGCUCCGAAAACAGCAAUUUCGGCGCGGGUGACAACAAGCCCGAACCCAAAGCAGUCGGAGCAGGGGUUCCGCCGAGCUACGAUUCUGUCCCGGAACCUAAUUCAUUCUCGGCACCCCAGCAGCAUGCCGUUGCUCAACCACAUCCGCAAGGCCCAGGAAUCUCCGAUGCAGAAAUUAUACAGCCAUUUGCAAUUAGUUCCAAGGAUGGUGCCGAGUCCUUUAUGGACAUGAGGCUAGACAGAGACCCCGACUUUCUCGAGUCCAACAUCAAAAUCUGGGCUCAAAAGCCACCAAGCUUUUACAUGCAGGUCCACGGAACCCACCUAGAAAGGCGCACGCGCAGAACCAACGGCCGCACCGAGACGCACACUGUCACCGUCACCGACUUCAACGUUGGAGUCCCACUUCACGGCUUCCUAUUCGGCCAACCCCAGCCGGGCCAGACGUCACCGCCGCAGUCAUUCUCCUGGAUCCGCACCGUGGAGAACCACGAAAAGGUCCCCCGCGGCACCGUCCGCGCGAUCCAGGGUCCCAUGCCGCCCAAGGUCGAAGGCGACGUCGAGGAGCCGCCCAGCGAGGUGAUCCCCAAGCCGACGCUGCAGGAGUGGUGCCACCGGUACUGCGCCAGCUUUGCGGGCCGCAAGACGUUUGUCGUGGAGCGGCGCGUCGGGGGUUUGGAUAUAGCGCGGCUCCAGGCCAACGCCAUGGCCAUUGUGCGCAGCACGGGUUACAGCGGCAAUGUGAACAUCACGUUUGAUUCGUUUGGCGCAGAGGUCGAGGUCCUCAGCAGCAACAAGAUAAAUCAGUGGAGGCGGCUGACGUGGCUGCGCAUAGUCUGCUACGUCACGUUCCUUUGGAUAUUCACCUGGCCUUUUCUGUACUUUUUCACCAAACGGUUCCACUGCGUUUACGUCGAGUGGCCGUUUUCGCGCAUACGGAGUGACGGCUUCAAGGAGUACGUCUCGUUGAACGAGGAUCAGAUGCUGGAGGUGUGGGGGAGGGCAAUGUUCAGCGCUGUAAUGGCGCGCAGUACAGACAUUCUCAACCAACAAGAUUUGAUCAAUGCUCAAGCUGCCGGUGGGGUUGGUUAUGGAAUGGGUGGUCUGGGAAACAAUAUCAAUCAACAUUAUGGAUGGGGACGGGAGGGAUGGGGAGGGAGUUCUUUCUAA